AGCUGUCCCGGUUCCCGCGGCCCCGCCGCGGCUCCCGCGUCCCCGUCGGGGAUCCCGCAGCCCCAACGGGGUCUCCGUGACACCCCCCUCCCGGGUCCCGCCGCCCCCGCCGGGAGCGAGCGCCGGCAUCACCCUGAGACCGGGUUAUGGUGCCGCCGGGCUGACUGCCGGGACGCAGCGAGGCGGCAGCGGGGGCCGAGCCUGGAGCCAUGGAGGGGCCCGGCCAGGAGGCCUACGAGGAGAGGAUGAGGAGGAGCCUGGACCCCGAGGGCUACGAGGACCCAGGCAUCAAGGGCUCCCACAUAUCGCUGGGAGAAAUGAGCAGGGCUGGCGCUGGCACCGGGUCCCCCCUGCAGGCGUGGAGGGCCAGAGCCGAGGAGCUGACGCCCCUGCGGCAGUACCUGCCCAGCCGCCGGGGAUGCUAUGACCUGGAGGGGAGGAGGCGUGUGGCCGGGGUCCCCCCGGGACAGGCCAGCCACCGUGGCGUAGGGCAGCCUUCGUCGGUGACUGAUGUGGACCUGGAGGCGGCAGGAAGCAGGAGGCUCUUGUCCCGGCGGGACACCCAUGAGGGCUACGUGGAGCUGCAUGAGCUGGUCAUGGACAGCAGAAAGGAGCUGUUCUGGAUGGAGGCCAGCCACUGGCUCAAGCUGGAGGAGGACUUCAAGGAAGCUGGACACUGGGGACAGCCCCAUCUCUCCUUCCUGACCUACCGCAGCCUCCUGGAGAUCCGCCGAGCUUUGGCCAAAGGCGCCGUGCUCCUUGACGUAGAGGCCACCUCGCUGGCGGCCAUUGCCCAUGUCCUCAUUGACCAGAUGAUCUACGAGGGGCAGAUCAAGCCACAGGACCGGGAUGACAUCCUGAGGACGCUGCUGCUGCAGCACAAACAUCCCAGCGAUGCCGAAUCGGUCGCGACCCUGGUGCCGGCGCAGCUCCAGCGCUCGGGCACCGGCCGGGCAGAGGCGGAGCAGCCGCUGCUGCGGGAGCACCAGCCCCUGGAGAUGAGCCGGCUGGCGGGCACCGAGCAGAGCCCAAGUGGGGCCACCAAACCCCAGCUCCAAGAGAAGGUCCCUGAGGAUGCUGAGGCCACCCUGGUCCUCGUGGGCUGUGCAGCCUUCCUGGAGCAGCCGACCUUGGCCUUCGUGCGCCUGCGGGCGGCGGUGACGCUGGACGGUGUCCUCGACGUGCCCCUGCCCGUCCGCUUCCUCUUGGUGGUCCUGGGCCCCGACACCCCCCACAUCAGCUACCACGAGAUCGGCCGCGCCGUGGCCACCAUGAUGUCCGAGAGGGUCUUUCGCCGGGACGCCUACCUGGCUGAGAGUCGCCAGGACCUGCUGAAGGGGGUGGAGGACUUUUUGGAGGCCAGCAUCGUGCUGCCACCCACCGAGACCCCCAGCGAGCAGCAGCUCCGUGCGCUGGUCCCGCUGCAGCACCAGCUGCUCCGCCGCCGCUACCAGCCCCCCGAGACAGCCCCGGGAGACACCUUCCUGAAAGACCUGGGUAUGGAGGGAAACCCCCAACCCCCCGCCCAGGAUCCCCCACCCCCCUGGCUGGGGGGAACCCCCCCAUUGCACGCAAGGUCCCUCCAUCACCACCUGCUUGUGUCCCCAGGGCUGAAGGAGCCGGCGCCGGAGGAUGACGACCCCCUGCGCAGGACGGGGAGACCUUUUGGGGGGCUGGUCCGGGACAUCCGCCGCCGGUACCCCAAGUAUCUCAGUGACAUCAAGGACGCCCUCAGCCCCCAAUGUCUGGCCGCUGUCAUCUUCAUCUACUUCGCGGCGCUGUCGCCCGCUGUCACCUUUGGAGGCUUGCUGAGUGAGAAGACCAAGGGCAUGAUGGGGGUGUCGGAGCUGCUCAUCUCCACCUGCGUGCAGUGUGUCUUCUUCAGCCUCCUCAGCGCCCAGCCCCUCCUCGUCGUCGGCUUCUCGGGGCCCCUCCUGGUCUUUGAGGAAGCCUUCUACUCGUUCUGCAGUGCCAAUGGCAUGGAGUACAUCGUGGGCCGGGUCUGGAUUGGCUUCUGGCUGAUCCUACUGGUGCUGGUGGUGGUGGCCUGUGAGGGCAGCUUCCUGGUGCGCUACCUGUCCCGCUACACCCAGGAGAUCUUCUCCUUCCUCAUCUCCCUUAUCUUCAUCUUCGAGACCUUCUCCAAGCUUGUCACGAUCUUCAGCCAGCACCCCCUGAAGAAGCACUAUGGUGAUGAACACUUGCUCAACCCCAAGCUGCCAAAGCCCAACACAGCACUGCUGUCCCUUGUCCUCAUGGCUGGCACCUUCUUCCUGGCCUUCUUCCUCCGCAAGUUCAAGAACAGUGCCUACCUGCCUGGCAAGGUGAGACGCUUGAUUGGGGACUUUGGGGUGCCCAUCUCCAUCUUCAUCAUGGCGUUGGUGGACUUCCUCAUCAAGGACACGUACACGCAGAAACUGAAUGUCCCCAAAGGGCUGGAGGUCACCAACGGAUCGGCCCGGGGCUGGUUCAUCAAACCCACGGGGGAGAAAACCCCCUUCCCCAUCUGGAUGAUGUUUGCCUCCGUGGUGCCCGCCCUCCUGGUCUUCAUCCUCAUCUUCCUCGAGACACAGAUCACCACCCUCAUCGUCAGCAAACCUGAGAGGAAGCUGGUGAAGGGCACAGGCUUCCACCUGGACCUGCUGCUGAUCGUGGCCAUGGGGGGGGUGGCUGCCCUCUUUGGCAUGCCCUGGCUCAGCGCCACCACCGUCCGCACCAUCACCCACGCCAACGCCCUCACCGUCAUGAGCAAGACCUCGGCCCCCGGUGAGAAGGCCCAGAUCUUGGAGGUCAAGGAGCAGCGCAUCAGCGGCUUGUUGGUGGCCGUGCUCAUCGGCGUCUCCAUCCUCAUGGAGCCCAUCCUGAAGUUCAUCCCGCUGGCCGUGCUCUUCGGCAUCUUCCUCUACAUGGGGGUCACCUCCCUCUUCGGCAUCCAGCUCUUUGACCGCAUCCUGCUCUUGCUGAUGCCACCCAAGUACCACCCUGACGAGCCCUACGUCACUCGGGUGAGGACCCGCCGGAUGCACCUCUUCACCUUCACGCAGAUCGUGGUGCUGGUGCUGCUGUGGGUGGUGAAGUCCACCCCGGCCUCGCUGGCGCUGCCCUUCGUCCUCAUCCUCACCGUGCCCCUGCGGCGCUUCCUGCUGCCCAAGAUCUUCAGCAACAUCGAGCUCAAAUGUCUGGACGCGGAUGACGCGGUGGUGACAUUUGACGAGGAGGAGGGGACAGACGUGUACAACGAGGUGCAGAUGCCCAGCUAAGGGCUCGGCCCCCGUCCCCCCCGUCCCCACAUCCCCCCCCAUCCCCCCCCCCGCUUCAAGCCCCACCGCUGCCACCCCGUGGUGACAAAGGGGGACUUGGGGACACGGCCCCGGUCCCUACCUGUGCACCCGGCAAUGGAGCCUUUUUCAUCAUCUUCUUCCCCCCCCCCGGUUUUUUUUCCCCAUUUUUUUAAAAAAAUAGUUUGGAUCUCGUGAUCUCGCCCGCACUUCGCGCCCGGGCUGGAGGGGGGGGGGGGUCCCACGGGGGUGGGUCCCGCAGCUUGUCCCCCACCCCCAUGACAGGGUGUCCCAUGUCACUCUCCUGUCCCCAAGGCCACCUGGGGCUACGACAAGCAGCAACGGGAGGAAAAGGAGGGAGGAGGAAGGCAGGGUGACACAGAGGGGAUGGGGGGGGGGAAGACACAGGGUCCCCUCAUUGUCCCCAGAGAACCCCCCUCCCCCCCCCCGCCCACCCUCCUCUUCCCCAAACAACCCCCCAGUGCUAACGACCACCCGCAGCAUCCCCAGGGUGUGCAGAGUCCAGAGAGGGGGGGGUUAGAUACGUACCACGAAGACAAUCAUACUAAAAACACCCCCCCCAAAGAACAACAACCCGUUCACACCCGGGCAGACAGUGAGAUCCGAAGGAAAAGCUCCCCAAAAAAAGCACCUUAACAAAAAAAACGACACAAAACCCAAAAAAAAAAAAAACAAA